ACCAAACACCGCCGGUAUGUCCAAUUCCAAUAGUUCGGGUCUGCUUCCCAAGUUCCCAUGGCCACCCGCAGGCCGCGUUGUGCACUUGGCCUUGGCGAGGAGAAAACCCGGCAAAACUGUCGCGGUAAAAUACGGCAAAACAAGAAGAUGGCAGAAAUAGUCGUUCCAUGUAACCCGGCAAAACUGCCACGUCUCACCCCGUUCUCUAUAAAUUCCACUCUCACGCAAUCGAAAAGUGAAACCAGAUUACGUCUUUGAGUUUUGAAUUUUCAUUUACGAUAAUGGGUAAGAGAGCGCUGCUGUUUGUGGUGUGGUUUGCGGUGGUGGUGUCUGUGGGCUGGUGUUGGGGUGAAGAUGUGACGGAGACGGCGAAGUUGGCUACCGGUAAUAUGAAAGCUCGAGUAGAAGAUUCCAAGCAGAGUGCUGCCGAGACGGUGCCGGAUGUCAAAGAGAAGGCUGGUUCCUGGGCUGAUUGGGCAAUGAACAAAUUAUCUGAGGGAUUUGGAUCCAGUGAAAAUAGUGCAAAAGAUGGAGCUCAAAAGAUUAAAGAAAACGUCAAGUAUGCUGCUUCAAAGUCCACUGAUACACUCAAUUCUGCAGCAUAUGAAACAUCAAAGUAUGCUUCGGAGAAGGCCAAUGAUGCGGCAGAAACAACAUCCAAGAAAAUAGGCGAUGCCAAGGACUAUGCUUCAGAAAAGGCAGGUCAAGCCAAGAGUACUGCGUCUGACAUGGCUAAUGAUGCUAAAGAAAUUGGGAAGGGCAAAGCCUAUAAAAUAGCUUAAGAUUUGGCUAGUGAGGCAAGAGAUAAAGCUCAUGAGGCCCAGGACUCAUUUAGGAUUUUUGAUAGGAGAGCCUGAAAGUACUUAAUAAAGUUAAUGUAAUAGAAUUUAGAGUUUAGAGUAUUCCUAUGUCUACAAAGGAAGUUGAUAAAAUCUAUAUCACUCAUUUCAAAAUUCAAUUUUAAAAUAAAAACAAAUCAUCGAUAUAGAUCUUGUUAACACUUAUUUUGUCAUCAAACUUUGUCUAUCUACUUUGUACAAGUAGAUUAAUUUUAGAAUUUAUAUGUAAUAAAAAAAGUCGUUUAAAGGACAUUAUUUAUUUAAGU